AUGAGCGCUAAACACAGCCCGAGGAAAAUAACAUUAGCCAUGAUAAAAGGUGAGACUAAUUUAGAUAAAUAGGUAAGACCCGAUAAAUAAGUAUCUAUUUUACAGAGUUAACGUAAAUAGCGAUAUGACAAAAGGUACUUGAUCGAUCGUUUGUUUCUCUUUCGGCAAGGUAAACCUAUUGCAACUUCAGUUCCUGUAAUUCAUUACCAUGCUAGCGACGAUGAAUUGGAAGAGAUAUAUCCUAGCACAGACGAGGAGAAGCGAUUGACACCCGAGUGCGAAAAGAUUUCGUCUAAAGUCACCUCUAGUCCGUCGAGGUGCAUCCACGAGUCGGACAUCUCUGAGAAUAACUCGGAAACGCGAUCUGUCAGUUCGGAGAACAUUUUGCUGGAAGGUACGCCGCCGUCUCUGGACCCGUGGAAAGUAUUCUCUGACAUCAAAGGGAAAAUCACCAAGACGUUCGAGGAGAAACUAUCUGAAAUAAAAAGCGAUAAGAGGAAACGACGUAAUUCCAAGGCAGAAAGUUCAAGCAUCAGUGAUUUAGAGGAUCAGGGAUGCGUCACACCCGGUGAUGAAAAGGCAGAUGAUACUCGUAAGAGAGGCAAUGCAACCAGAUAUGUAGGUUUCUCCGAAGUAAAAACCGGCCUGAAAGACAAAAGUUUACAGGAUGAGUCUGUGGAGAGUGGCAUUGAAGCUUCUGAAUUUUCGCAAAAUGUCAGUGAAGAUGUUGCCUCUUUGACGAAUGAUCUAUCAAAUUCAGAGCCACCUUGUAACAAUAACAAUUAUACCGUCUUUCCACAACAGAGUUAUACGUACUCGGUGGCAUUUUCAAAGAAAAUAGACUUUAAGACUGUAUUUUUACAGUUGAUUAAGCAGUUAAUUUGUCAAGCAACGUAUAAAUCUAUUGCUGCUUUCAUUGCCAUUUCCUGCAUUUAUUAUAUUAUUCCAUUAGCAGAGUAUUUACUGGGAUUUAUGAUGGGUGUCUUUGUGACUGUUAUGUUCUAUGAUGUUGUAACAAAACUCAAAAAGAUUUUAACCACUAUGCCAGAUAAGGGAUGUCUUCCUAGUCUACCAAUACCUAUUUUAGAGAUCCCAGCUGUGGAGGAACAUGCUGUGGUUGAAAGAUAUCAAGGUUGGUUAAAUGAAUUGCCUUAUAAGUAUGAACCGAAUAAUUAUCAUGUGGCACGCACAAAGUCAGUUUUCUUUAGAUUGGAGGGAAAUAUUUUGCGUAUUAUGGAAACCAGGAUGAAAAUACCAAAGAAAGCUGUCUGGGACGAGCCAAAACAUAAAUUGAAAUUCGUUAAAAAAAGGGUUUAUAAUUUAACUGAAGCAAAGAUAGAACUUCUUCCCUGUGGGCUUACCAAAAGAAGAAGAUGGAGUAAAAAAUAUCCAGUUUGUAUAACCCUUGAAAAGAAAGCGUUAAUUUGUAAUGUAAUCCUGAAGAGUACAACCAAUGAUGAAUGUUCGAUAAAUAGUUAUCAUAAGGUGGACCUAAAAGAAAAAGUCAAAUGUAAAUCCAAUAAAAAAUAUACAAAAAAGUUAGAUGGAGAAAUACAAGAUGAAAAUGAAAUUUUACUUGUCAAUAUAGAACAUGAGGAACCAAUUGUAAGACAAGAAAUCUGCGAGUUUGUAGAAAUAGAAGAUACAGAUGAAGACGACGACGACAAUAAAAAUUACGAUUAUGAUUCAGCUAGCGAUUAUUUUGACAACGAAUGUGUAAAAUAUGAAGAAUGUUUUGUAAAUAGUAAAGAAACAGAGAAAUAUGAAGAAGAGAAGUUAAAGAAAAAGAAAAAAGAUUAUAAAGAACAACAGAAGGAGGAGGAUAGAAUAAAAAGAAACUUGAAGAAAAGUUACACUUGUACUAUUAAAAAAAGAAAGAAACGAAAAGAUAUACCAAGUGAAAUAAAAACUUGUAAAAAAUCAGUCAUAACAACAUGGAAUAAAAGAAAAGAAGACUGGGAAGAGAAUGAGGAAGAAGAGGAGGAAGAAGAAGAAGAAACAGAGGAGGAUGAGGAAGAGGAAGGCAAGAAAAUAACAAUGAAGGUAAACGUAGAAAAGGAUAAUGAGGAGAAAGAAAAAAGUGGACGGAAAGAAAGACAAGAAUUAGAAAAAUUAGAAGGAGAGGAUGAGGAGGCAGCAACUGAUAAUUAUGGCAGUUAUUGUCAUAAUAGAGUAUAUAAAAAAAGAAAAAGAAACAGGAAGAAUGAGGAGGAGGAUGAGGAAGAGGAAGAAGAAGAGGAGGAGGAAGAGUUGGAAGAGGAAGAUGAAAGAGAAGGAGAGGAGGAUGAGGAAGAGGAGCAGUCUAACGAUGAUGAACAAAAAAAUAAAUUAAAAAUAUUUAUUUUUGCUAGAACUGAUCGUGAGAAAGAAGAUUGGUACAGACGUUUAGUUUUAGCUGCAUCUCGAUCCGUUAAAAAGAAUGAUUCGCUACUGUUCACGAUCGAUGUAUCGUCCAAUAUAUCUAGCUCUCAAUCAUCGGUGCAACACAAAAUCGUCAGCGCAGAAUCAAAAAGCUCUUUUUCAGCUAACAAUUCACACGAAACUGUACCUGAGCUUACUUAUAAUGCUUAUAUGGCAAAAUACAUGGAUAAUAAUUGUUCGCCGAUGUCAGAAGGUGCAAUUUCCACGUCUGCUGAAAGUACACUUUGGAUCAAUUGUUUAAUAGCUCGUAUACUUUUUGACGUACGCAACUGUCCUGAAACUAUACAUCUUAUACAGGAUAAAAUCCAACGCAAGUUAUCCAAUAUAAAACUACCAUAUUUUAUGGAGUGCCUUUUGGUUUCAGAGGUAACGAUAGGACAAGGAGCUCCUGUUAUUCAUAGUGUAACAAAGCCAGUGAUCAAUGAAAGAGGUCUCUGGCUUGAUUUAGAUAUAACAUACAAAGGUUCUUUGACCAUGACCGUUGAAACAAAAUUGAAUUUGAUGAAAUUAACAAGAACCGGAUCGGUUCCUGAUGAUACGAUUAUUUCAACAAAAAAACCAAAUGAGGUAGUCACUAGAUCACCAAUUUUUGACAGCGAUGUGGAAGAUACGCCAGAAACAUCUACAGAGGACGAUUGUGAUAAUUCUAAAACGCAAUCGUACAAUGUGGCCAAAGAAACAACGCAACCGAGUUGUCCUAUGUUCGAAGAGCUAUGGAAGGUGUUUCAAAUACAGAGAUUCGAUUGAUGGUCACCGUUUCAAGUAUUGAAGGUUGUUUAUCAUUAAACAUUCCACCAGCACCGUCCGAUCGUUUAUGGUAUGGUUUUAAACCCGUACCAAAAGUAAGUCUCACCGUAAAGCCUGCAGUUGGUGAGAGAACAGUUAAUAUCGUUUACAUAACAAAAUGGAUUGAAACUAAGUUACUCAGGGAAUUUGAAAAACUGGUUGUUUUACCAAAUAUGGACGAUCUCAUUUUACCGUUGUGUCCUAAUUAUCCUUAUACAACAAUGCGGUAG